AUGUCGUCAAUAUCAAAGCAACAGUUGAAUAUUCAGUCUAGUCAACAGCAGCAGCCACCGGCAGCGCCAGCAUUAGCAGCGCCAGCACAACCACAACCACAAUCGAGUAACCACGCGCAAUCUCCAUUGGCACGUUCUCCUUCAACUCAUGCUGCACACCAUACACCGUUCAAUCCAAGAACUCAUAGACACAAGAGAUCCCAGGCUAUAUCGGGAGAUUUCGAUGGUUUAGGCUUGUUUGAUUUGCCCCACCACCAACACUCAAAUUCAAAUUCAAACUCAAACUCACACCCGAAUUUAUCCACGGGACUCUCCGUGUCGGCCCCAAAAGAAAGAUCCCUUUCGUUACAUUUACCCAGUCAUACCGAUGAGCUAGAUAGACAUUUCAAUUUUAACAACAAUGAAGACUUUGCAAACCACCCAAAGGAUUCGACUUUUUCAUUCCCCAAGAACCAUGGGUAUGAAUUUUCACGCGAAGAGCCGUUUCUGCAACAAUCUAAUUUCAAGAAGAACUUGAGUUCACCCAUUCAGUUGUCAAAUAAACUUUCAUAUUCUUCACUAGCUCAGCAUCUGCAACACCUGCAACACCUGCAACACCUGCAGCAACAGCAACAGCAGCAGCAGCAGCAUCAACGUCAAGGUAGCUUGAGUCAAAAUGACGUGCCCGAGGCGAUUAUAGACCUAGAUUACAUCCUCACGGCAAACUUGCACAUUGGCAUGGACGAACCCAUUUUUCCCCAGGAUGACUUUUUAGGAUCACCUGUUAUAGUUGAAGAAGACGACUCAGAAUAUAGAGAGGCCUUGGGCGAGAAUUUCACUUUGGACGACCCAAACCCCGUUCAGGGAUUGCAGCAGCCUCACACAACUUUUUACUCGCUGGCCAAUUCUUCAACUUCAAGUUUUGUCCAGCAGCAGAACCAAACGCCACCAUCGACGACGGCAUUUGUAUUUACCCCGACUCAGACAAGGUCAGGCGCAAAAGCACACAGGUACCAGAUCUUUUACGACCAAUCGAGCCGAGUCUCAAAUGCAAUGAAGGGCCCAGGCUCCGAAAGUACAGAGAGACUCGCAACCCCACCAUUGCAAUCACAUCAAUCGGCCAUGUUUCGCAAAAAAUACUUGAACCAUUAUUCAUCGUUGCCCUCGCUAAAGGGCAAAAGAUCAUUUUCGUCAAUUAGAUAUAAUGAGUUAAAGAGAAUGAACUCGCCCACGAGAGAGACUCACCGUCCAACACAACUCCUGAUGUCACCUACAAAAUUACACACCACCACCACCCCCGCUACUACCUUAACACCCGAGCGACUAGUACUGGACUUCCACAUUACAGAAGAAUCCAGUUCACGCCAACAUCAAGCAACACAAUCACAAUCACAGUCACAAUCGCAAUUCCAGGCAUCACAAUCAUCGCAACCACCACAGGCUUCCCAGCCAUUACCACUACCCUUACCUCCACAGAGCUCCACACCUUCAACAUUGGGCACACAGUCCACCGCCGAGACUGAAGAUUCGCAAAUAACGCAAAAGAUUGAAGCUUCAACUAGCCCCAUCAGCAUAAACUCUGAGAUUUCAUCCUCGAUAAUCGAACGCAAGCAGCAGCACCCGUCAAAGCCUUCCAUCGUAAUCACCCCACAAGAUCUCCACCCAAUUACACUCUCGCAAUUGGAUGCACCCACUCCCAAAUCGGAGCUUUUCCAAAUCCCACAACUGGACCAAAGCAACGCCAAUUCAUUCCGUAGCGAGCUGACCAUAUCGGCAUCGAACGAGUCAUCCACAUCAUCUGCAAAGAAUCUGACCUCGAUAAUACCACCACCACAAGCACCAGUGCAAGCACACGUAUCAUCAACUAGAUCGUCGUCGUAUUCCCCAACACGAGUUCUGAAACCACGCUCACCAUCGCCAUCGCCAUUGCGGAAAGAACCCGUGCUCAAGCCCCACCCAACACACCUCGAAAAACUCAAGCUGAACCUAGCUUCACCCAUGAGUAAAUACGAAUAUCACAACUACCCCAAACGUACUCGCCAUCACGAUUCAUCUUCGAUAAGCUCGGCACUGGUUUCGUCGUUGGCUUGCCCGUCAUCUUCAACAACCUCUAGAGAACAUUUGCCACAACAUGUGAAUCCAGAUACCAAGUACACAACCCAUAACCACGAUUUAAGUUACCUAAAUCACCACCAUCAUCUGAGACGUACAUCAGUGGCAACGAUUGGAUUCUCAAGUCCAUCAGAGCAAGGCAAAAGCAAGGGGCAUGGAAGAAGUCGAAGCAUGAUUGACGAUACUUUUUCGAUUCGCAGCAUCUCGAGUUCAAAGCGAAGUUCGAAAUUCUUUGAUUGGCUUCGAAAGAAAUAG